AGACUUUCCAACAUUUUACAACUUCACACUACAUCAUUUUCAGGGUUCAACUUGCAAAUCAAUUUUUUCAAAUGUGGUUCGAGUUACUUACGGUUGUUUCGCUGAUUUUUUUGGCUUUCGGACAACAAGAUCUAAGUAUGGGACCUCCAAAUAAUUACGGAAUGGGGAUGCAAGGGGCUGGAUUGCCAGCUGCGAUGAGAACGCAAAAUGUCGGACUGCCAACUGGUUACAAAAUGGUGCAAGGCGUUGUAGGGCCAGCUACGACGGGAACGCAAAAUGUCGGACUUCCAAAUUUUUAUGGAACAGGAACACAAAUUUAUGGGCGAAAGGUAAAUCGAAAGAGGUGGCCUUUUAUCGGACCCAAAGUAAACGAGACGCCAUAUAAUUUCAAAAGUGGAUCACGAAGGUGGUUAGCGACAAACCUGUAUAAUGGAGAUUAAAAUUGGAAGGCGGAUGCUAUCGCUCUGUCACUCGUUUUCACAAUAAAGCUUGAAUUGAUAUUUA